CAUCUGUGCGUAAGAUCCGGCCUGGGGGAAAGGGAUGAAUGUUAAUUUCAAAGAUGGCGGCGGAGGGAGGAGGGAAGGAGAUGAACGAAAUUAAAACUCAGUUCACUACUCGGGAAGGUGUCUACAAACUCCUCACUCACUCCGAAUACAGCCGUCCUAACAGGGUGCCUUUCAAUUCGCAAGGCUCAAACCCCGUCAAGGUCUCCUUCGUGAACGUCAACGACCAGUCGGGUAACGGCGACAGGAUCUGUUUCAAUGUGGGCCGUGAGCUCUACUUCUACAUCUACAAAGGCGUUAGAAAGGCUGCUGACUUGAGCAAGCCAAUAGACAAACGCAUUUACAAGGGAACACAGCCAACUUGUCAUGACUUCAACCACCUCACAGCGACAGCAGAGAGUGUGUCCUUGCUGGUGGGUUUCUCAGCAGGACAGGUACAGCUCAUUGACCCGAUCAAGAAGGAGACAAGCAAGCUCUUCAAUGAGGAGAGGUUGAUAGACAAGUCCAGAGUAACAUGUGUGAAAUGGGUGCCAGGCUCUGAGAGCCUGUUUCUAGUCUCUCAUGCCAGUGGAAACAUGUACCUGUACAAUGUGGAGCAUACUUGCGGCACAACAGCACCACACUACCAGCUUCUCAAACAGGGGGAGAACUACUCUGUGCACACUUGCAAGAGUAAAUCAACACGUAACCCUCUCCUGAAAUGGACAGUGGGUGAGGGGGCUCUGAAUGAGUUUGCCUUCUCUCCAGAUGGGAAAUUCCUCGCUUGUGUAAGCCAAGAUGGCUUCCUUAGGGUAUUCAACUUUGAUGCUGUUGAGCUUCAUGGCACUAUGAAGAGCUAUUUCGGCGGCUUAUUGUGUGUAUGUUGGAGCCCUGAUGGAAAGUACAUAGUUGCAGGCGGAGAGGACGAUCUAGUGACUGUGUGGUCGUUCUUGGACUGCAGAGUCAUUGCCCGAGGUCACGGCCACAAGUCGUGGGUGAGUGUGGUAGCAUUUGACCAUUACACCACCAGUGUGGAGGAGAGUGACCCAAUGGAGUUCAGUGGCAGCGAUGAGGACUUCCAGGAUCAGAUGAUCCACUUUGGGCGAGACCGAGCUAACAGUACUCAGUCUCGACUUUCCAAGCGCAACUCAACAGACAGCCGGCCUGUUAGUGUAACAUACCGAUUUGGCUCAGUGGGCCAGGACACUCAGCUGUGCCUAUGGGACCUCACUGAGGACAUCCUUUUCCCGCAUCUUCCACUUUCACGGACACGGACACAUACUAACGUGAUGAAUGCUACAAGCCCUCCUGCGGGUGCUACAAUAAUCACUAACACCUCUAGUAACACUACUAAUGGAAACAACAGUGGUGCCAAUACUCCUGGCAUCAACUCCCUCUCUACUACAUUACCACGCUCAAACAGCCUCCCCCAUUCAGCUGGCACUACAACAGCAAACAGUACCAACAAGGCUGGCAGCGGUGGUGGUGGAAUCGGCAGUGGUAUAAUGGACAGUGCCAUCGCUACAGGUGUGAGUAAGUUUGCCACACUUUCACUCCAUGAUCGAAAGGAGCGACAUCAUGAGAAGGACCACAAACGCAACCACAGCAUGGGUCACAUUAGCAGCAAGAGCAGUGACAAGCUCAACCUCCUGACAAAAACCAAAACAGACCCUGCUAAGACUCUUGGCACUCUGCUGUGCCCACGCAUGGAGGAUGUGCCCCUCCUUGAGCCGCUCAUCUGUAAAAAAAUAGCACACGAGAGACUGACUGUACUCAUAUUUUUAGAAGACUGUUUAGUGACUGCUUGUCAGGAGGGAUUUAUUUGCACAUGGGCGAGGCCAGGCAAAGUGGGUUUAUUGUCAUCCCAAAACCAAGCCAGCUCUCCCAGUGGAACAGUAGUAUAGCCACAAUUUUUCUGCUGCUAAAGAACCCUGCAACCCAGAGUCUGAUGCUGCUCUUCACCCUGCAAGCAUUGCAAGUUUUCCUUUUUAUUUUCUACCCUUCCCUCUCCCAGUUUUGUUGAUGGCUUUUCUGUUAUUGUUUAUUUAGUUACUUGACUUACAGGAAGAAUGAAAACAGAAAAAGGUGUGGUGCAAUUAUUGACUAUUGCGCUAUUAUUCUGUUCUCUGGAGUUUUAACUCAUUUUAGGUUUU